CCACCUGCCCGAGUCAGGAAAAAAAAACACUUGUCAGCUCCUCAAAAAAACAAACAGCAACAGCAGCAACAACAAAAAAAAUUAUGUAAAAAAAAAGUUUGAAGAUUCGGAAGAUUUGAUCGGUAUAAAUUCAAAAGGAGGAAGAGGCACACACACACAAAAAAAAACCCCAAACUCCAACAAGGGAUUGGAGGUUCUAACUCUCGCUAAUGGAUUUCCUUCUUGUGGGUCUCAGUCUCCAGUGGCUCCUGAGAAAGCCUUCGGCGUCGGUGGUGUGCGCGCUCGGCUUCCUGUUGGAAAUGCUCCCCGCUGCUGAGAGCGUGUGCGCCGGCCAGUGCCGCUGCGACGGGAAGCUGGUAUACUGCGAGUCCCAGAGCCUGAGCGAGAUGCCGCGGAACCUGUCGGGUCUGCAGGGUCUGUCCCUCCGCUACAACAGCCUGUCGGAGCUGCGCGCCGACCAGUUUGGCGGCGUGCUGCAGCUCACCUGGCUCUACCUCGAUCACAACCACAUCUACUCGGUGGACGGCGCUGCCUUCCGGGGGCUGCGCCGGCUCAAGGAGCUGGUGCUCAGCUCCAACAAGAUCACCCAGCUGCCCAACUCCACUUUCCGGCCCAUGCCGAACCUGCGCCAUGUGCAGCUCUCCUACAACAACCUGCAGUCUCUGGAGCCCGAUCUCUUCCACGGGCUGCGCAAGCUGCAGACGCUGCACUUGAGGUCCAAUGCACUCAAGUCCAUCCCGGUUCGUAUAUUCCAGGACUGCCGGAGCCUCGAGUUUCUGGAUGUGGGAUACAAUCAACUGCAAAGCCUUGCACGGAAUGCGUUCGCGGGUUUGUUGAAACUAACUGAACUCCACCUGGAGCACAAUGAUUUGGUGAAAGUAAACUUUGCACACUUCCCACGGCUCCUUUCCCUGAGAACCCUCUACAUGCAGUGGAAUAAAGUCAGUAUUGUAGUGAAUUCUUUGGAGUGGACUUGGAACCACCUAGAGAAAUUGGACCUCUCUGGGAAUGAGAUUGAGUUUAUUGAAUCUUAUGCCUUUGAAGUAGUGCCUAACCUCAAGAUACUUCAAUUGGAUUCAAACCGCCUCACCACCAUCGAACAGACAAUUCUGGAUUCGUGGAAAUCUCUAACUAGCAUCAGCCUUUCUGGAAACAGCUGGGAAUGCAGUCGGAAUAUAUGUGCUUUGGCCACCUGGUUGAGCAGUUUUAAGGGUCGUCAUGAAGGCAGCCUGUUGUGUGCCAGCCCUGUGCAUACCCAGGGUGAGGAGGUUCUAGAUGCCGUGCAUGGCUUUCACAUAUGUGACGACCUGGUCACAAGCACGCUGCCCAUUUCAGACAUGACCAGUGUGCCAGAAACAGACCAAGGUAUGACAGCAAUCAGAGAUGCUUCCAGCAUAUAUGUCACACAGGAUACAACGGGUUUAAAAACCACUGAUUUAAUCACUGCCACCAGUGUGCUUUCUCAUGAUCAACAGGAAAAUACCAUUCAGGUUCACAAAGUAAUCACUGGCACCAUGGCGUUGCUUUUCUCCUUUCUGAUAGUGGUGUUGGUGCUCUAUGUCUCAUGGAAGUGUUUUCCUGCUGGCCUAAGGCACUUGAGGCAGUGCUUUGUGACACAGCGCCGCAAGCAGAAACAGCAACAAACUAUGCAUCAGAUGGCUGCCAUGUCCACACAGGAAUACUACGUGGACUACAAACCCAAUCAUAUUGAAGGGGCAUUGGUGAUCAUUAAUGAUUAUGGAUCAUGUUCGUGUCAUCAACAGCCAGCCAGAGAAUGUGAAGUGUAAUUUUCAUUCUACCCCACUGGAAAUGCAACAGUUGCUGCUGGACAUACUGCAGCUAGAGACUGGCACACAUAAAAGGACCACUUUACAAUACUGAGUAUGAAUGACUUACACGUACUGACUCCAACAAGCCCUGCACCGGGGUCUUUCAAAAGUCCAAACAAUAUUUAAGCUUCAAUGCGUCUUUAAAACCUUUCAAAUCAUCCUCUGUUCGACUGUCAUUUGAAAUUUGUAAAAGGAAAAAAAUGUAUAUGUAACUCUUCUCACCAGUUUCUUAUGAUAUUAAAUCCACCUGUAAGAUCUGGGAAUAAGGGAGUUCAAGGCUCGUCAAUGAUGUAAGUUAAUCAAUUUUGUAAACUAC